UCUACCGUUAUCAGCCUUAAUCCGUUGAGAUAAGGUUGAUAUUUGAUCGUAUCAGUUCGUUGUUAAAUUGGCAAAUAGCACAGUCUUGUUUUUGCGUUCAAAUACAACACAUUUGUGUAGUAGUUUUGUUGUGGAUAACACAUAUUACGUUUUAUUAAUAUGCCGUGGGAGCGACCAGCUAGUGUGCCCAUAGGACAGGUCUGGAGCAGGUUCAAAGGAAGAGAAAGAGAUGGAAAACCGGCACACAUGUACCAAAUUAGAGAUAUGGAUGAAAACACUAGAAAAAUAUGUUUAGACAUGAUGCAAGAAACAUUUAUACGAGACGAGCCACUAUGUGAUAUAUUAGGUAUAAACAAGGAUCCAGUUUCCAUAGCUACCAUCAGAUCGAAUUGGGAGAAGUAUGUGUCAGGGAACACCAGCUUAGCUUGCUUCACUGAAGUAGAUGGACAGCCUAAAGACCUGGUGGGGUUCAACAUUGUGCUGGUGAAGAGUAAAGAUGAUGAGGAAGAGGAUUUUGAUAAGGUACAAGGAGAAUCCUGGAAGAAGCUCCUCCGCACGUUGAUCACAGCUGACGAGUUGUAUGACGUGUUCGAGCACUACAAAGUGGACAGAUACCUGACUUCCAGUGGACUGACUGUGCUGCCUGAACAUAGGGGGCAGAAUAUUGGGGCUAAGCUGUUUGAAGCUAGAGAAUACCUCGGCAAAGCAAUAGGCAUAGAAGCAACAGCAACUGUCUUCACAGCCACCGCCUCCCAGGUGCUGGCAGCUAAAUGCGGCUACGAGGUCCUGGCCGAGCUGGAGUAUAAGGACAUGCUGCAGCACGGCAUCGACCUCACCGGCUGCCCCACGCCCUCCGCCAAACUCAUGGGGAAACUGUAUCAAUAAACGUUGGUUGUUUUUUAUAUUGGUGUUUUAUUUUAUCUCUAAUAGCAUUUAAAGAGCGAGAGACAGAUAGAGAGAGGGAGAGAGGGAGAGAUAGAAAGAGCGAGAGAGAGAGAGAUAUAGAGAGAGAGAGAGAUAGAGAGAGAGAGAGAUAGAGAGAGAGAGAGAUAGAGAGAGCGAGAGAGAGAGAUAGAGAGAGAGAGAGAGAUAUAGAGAGAGCGAGAGAGGGAGAGAGAGAGAGCGAGAGAGAGAGAUAAAGAGAGCGAGAGAGAGAUAGAUAUAGAGAGAGCGAAAGAGAGAUAGAGAGAGCGAGAGAGAGAGCGAGAAAGAGAUAGAGAGAUAGAGAGAGCGAAAGAGAGAUAGAGAGAGCGAGAGAGAGAUAGAUAGAGAGAGCGAGAGAGAGAUAGAUAUAGAGAGAGCGAAAGAGAGAUAGAGAGAGCGAGAGAGAGAUAGAUAGAGAGAGCGAGAGAGAGAUAGAGAGAGCGAGAGAGAGAUAGAGAGAGCGAGAGAGAGAGAGAGAGAGAGAGAGAGAGAGAGAAAGAGAGAGGAGGGGGAGAGACAGCAACCGUCUUCACAGACACCGCCUCCCAGGUGCUGGCAGCUAAAUGCGGCUACGAGGUCCUGGCCGAGCUGGAGUAUAAGGACAUGCUGCAGCACGGCAUCGACCUCACCGGCUGCCCCACGCCCUCCGCCAAACUCAUGGGGAAACUGUAUCAAUAAACGUUGUUUGUUUUUUA